UAUAAAUAUAAGACGAUUAAAGUCGUGUAAGGUUUUUUGUGACACCGACCGAACUGUUUAAUUCCAUUUUUCUUCUCUGAAAACUGAGAAUUUGUUUUUGAUCCGUAAAAUCUUAUAAUUGAAAAGGAUGCUUGGCGAUGGUGGAGAAACCCCAUCAAGAUAUGAAUUGUUGUGUAUGGUGAAGAAGCAUUCAAACUUAAUUGGAAAAACGGUUGUUGAAGAGCAAGAUGCUCCUGAUGUUGAAAUGGAUAUGAAAUUUUGGCAUGAUGUCUUUGAUUUGUAUUUUGUUCGCGGUAAAGAGUCUAGAGGACGACAAGAUGAUGAUCUCGUUUUCUUUGUCCGAAAAUUGGUUUCUCGAGUUUCUGGUUCGAACAAUGAUCCAGAGAGUGUUGAUCCUUAUUUUGUACGCAGGUGGGCACCUGAGUUGAGCAACUUAGUGGAUGAAACUUCGAUAGACGUGGAUUGGAGGCGUUCAUUUUACUUGAAUUUAAUUGCUCAUACAUCAUUCAGUGUAACUGUUGCAAUUUGCAGUCAACAGGUUCUUCAGAACCAUCAAGCUGGGAGGGAUACAUCUUUAUCCCCUAUAUACAAGGUUGUGAAGACUGUUUAUGCAUCUCCAAGUCGUGUUAAUUUUCAAUUGGACUCUACAAAGGAAGUGGAAACAACACCUGCUUAUCCGGAUAUAUGUUUUGCAAUUGAUGAUUUUGACUCCACUUUUGAUGCUGUGGUUUUGACUGAAAGAGAUCAUUGCUAUUGUGUUGUUCUUAAUGCACAUGAUGGGGCAGCAUUUCCUAGUGAUAAGGUGUCAAAUGAUUGCAGUACGAGUGAUGACUCCUCGCCGGAAGUUUGUACUAGUUCUACUACGAAAAAAGAUACUAAGCUUACCCUUUUCUCAGGAUUUGUCAGCUAUCAGAUGGUUAGAGAUGCAUACGAUGCUGGAAAAUCUCGAUUUGGGAGCCUUUUAUCAGUAGGCCAUUUUCCUGGCAAAACAGAUAGGAUUUACAUGAAAGGUCCCGGAGGCCGUGGGGAAGUUGAAGUAGCUGUUUCUGGUGUUGCAGAUCAAAGCCAGCAGGAUUCAGGACCACAUUCUCCAGUUGUAUCAAAUAAAGGGUUCGGGCUUGGUGUAAUCGUUCGCAGAGCUGCAACAGUUGCAUCCGUAGCAGCAAGACAUGCUUACGCUGCUGCCUCUUCCUCUAGCUCAAAUUUUGAUGAAAUGAUUCCGUUGAAAUGCAGCUUAAUGUCCAUAUCGUUGCCUUGGGAAUAUAUAGCGUAUGAUCUUCUGUUUAAGGGAGCUCCUCCAGUCAACAUGUGAUCAUCUAAUGUAUAUCUGGCCGCAUGGAAAAUUGAAUCGGAGAAGAUAUCUAAGUCAUGGAAUUCGUUUCUGUUCUGAAAGUUCUUUUUGGUGCAUGCUGCACGUGCAUGUAUAGGACUGUGCAUAUUUGGUAGUGGGGUGAAAUUCCCGAUAGAAUUUGUUGCAUCUGCUCGACUGCUUAUAAUCAUUCAUUGAUAAGUAUAUAAGAUGAAUUGUUGUUAAAUGCCACACUGCCAAUUCCUAAGUUCUGUGUAAGAUAAACCCAGUUUUUUUUUUUAAAAAAACAAUUGUGUAUCCCUUUUCAAACCUGAUGUUAUCACAGCCUCGAUUGUGUAUUUCAAGAUGUACUUGAGCAUGUUUGUGAAGUUA